AUGGACUCUUCUUCUACUGAAAGGCCGAAACUUCAAAAAAUCCGGUCAAAUUCUUCUUCUAUUCAAAGAAGAAGAAGACCAAGCCGCACAAUAUCUAAAUAUGGCUCUAUUGUUGAGGAAAGUGAUAGUCUCCAUAACUAUCCAAAUCUAAAUAAUAAUAGUCGUGUUUCCGCGGUGGAUGAUGAUGAUGAUGAUGACGACGAAGAUGAUAGUGAUGAAAAUGACAAAGAAGGAUUCAGGUACAAGUCAAACACCUUUGACCAUUCUGAUGAAGAUGGUGAAUUUGCUAGCCAUCGUUUACAUACGCGUCAACAUAGUAACGACCACUUAUCCCUCACAAGUACCGAGCAUGAAUUAACUUUAAAAGAUAAACAAGAAGCUAUGAACAAACAACACCCUUUUGGCUUACCAUUAUGGAAACCAGCACUUUAUAAAAAAUCUCGUUCAGUUGUACGUAAGGCAAAUAGCGCAUUGCAUUCAGCUCCAUCUUCAGCAUCGGAGCAUUUUUUAAAUCCAGGUAAUUUGCUUUGGUUAGUUUUAUUUGGAUGGUGGUUAGCCCUUACUGUCUUUUUGGCCUCUUUGCCUAUCACUCUUUUGGAUCAUUCCUAUGGUCUUGUGUUACGAGAACUUAGUUCUUAUCUAUUAUGGCCAUUUGGACGUUAUGUGGAACGUCUUGUUGAGAUUAAACCUUCUAUCAUGAGUGAUUUACAGAGAGAAAACUCUGUAGGUCAGUCUUCAAUAUUGAUUGAUGAUGAUGAUGAAUUUGAAGAAUGUGAGGAACAUGGAUUAUUAGAACGUCGUCAUAAUAUGAAUACGCGUAAAAGAUAUAAUUGGUUUCAUGCUAUUUAUGAAACCAUUAAAUUAGGUCCUGCAGCUUGCCUUUAUUAUUUUAUAUUUUACACUAUAAUUGCACCACUUUUAUUGCUCGUAUCUGCAAUUUGCUGGUUAUGUGUUGUUACCGUGCCUAUGGCCAAAUUAAAUUAUAUCCUUGUCAGACAUCUUCGACGUCAUCCAUUAAGUCUUCGAUUUCAUUCAAAGCCUUCCAUAUUAACAAGCACACAUCAACAGCCAACAGUCAUUCUCUUGUGUACUUACCAAGCGUUCGGCUGGCAAUACUAUAAAUACACUUAUAACGGCAUCAAUAUUAUAUUUAUUAAUUUGAUCCCUUUAGUAUUUUUUGUAAUUUUUGAUGAUUAUGUCCUUAAGCCUCGUUUUCCUGACUCCUUAAUGACUUCACCUCAACUUAUAUUUGGACUAUCAUUAACAUCUGUGAUCCCGCUUUCUUAUUUUAUUGGUAUGGGUGUUAGUUCAGUAUCAGCACAAAGUAGUAUGGGUUUAGGUGCUGUGAUCAAUGCUACCUUUGGUAGUGUCAUUGAAAUUAUUCUUUAUGCAGCAGCUCUUAUGGGAGGUAAAAGUGCACUUGUGGAAGGUUCAUUAAUUGGAAGUAUUCUCGCUGGUGUCUUAUUAAUGCCAGGAUUUUCUAUGAUCAGUGGUGCUGUAAAAAGAAAAGAACAAAAGUUUAAUGCUAAAAGUGCAGGUGUUACUAGUACAAUGUUAAUUAUGGCUAUCAUUGGUGCUUUAUCUCCCACCUUGUUUUAUCAGUUCUUUGGCUCGUUUGAGUUGCAUUGUACAGGCUGCCCUGAAUCAAUAGAAAUCAAUGGAUCUAUUGCAUGUUCUCAUUGCUAUUAUGAUCAAAUGGAUCCCUCAGAAGACCCAGUCUAUCAAAAGAGCGUUAAGCCUUUUAUGUGGAUUUGUGCUGCCAUUUUACCUUCUGCUUAUGUCAUUGGCCUUAUUUUUAGUUUACAUACACAUGCUGAUAUGGUAUGGAAGAGCCCAGCCUCGAAAUCGCAUGAUAUGGCGUCUACAGCGAUUACUCAUUCUGAGAGAAUAUACCCUAUACAUAUUAUUCAUCCUUCACAACACCAAGAGCAUCAGCUUGAUGAACAUACACCUUUAAAUUCACAUAAUACAACUACACAACCUGUCUUGAUUGCUGUCAAUCCUGAUACUCGUCCAACCGACAACAGCGCAACUAAUAAUCCGCCCUUAGCAUUUAUUCAUGCCAAGGAACCAGAAGAAGAAGAAGAAGAGGAAGCAGCAGCAGGCCAUGAUUCACCAAAUUGGACUAAAAUGAUGAGUUAUUCUGUUUUAUUUAGUUGUACUUUAUUAUAUUCAAUUAUUGCAGAGAUUUUGGUACAAACAGUAGAUGAUGUGAUGGAAAAUGCUACGAUUGAUGAAAGAUUUUUAGGUUUGACUUUAUUUGCCUUAGUUCCUAAUAUUACAGAGUUUACAAAUGCUAUUUCUUUUGCAUUAUAUGGCAAUAUUGUUUUAAGUAUGGAAAUUGGUUCUGCCUAUGCUUUACAAGUUUGCUUGUUACAGAUUCCUGUUAUGGUCGCAUUUUCACUUUGGUAUAAUUGGGGAAAGGAAGAAAUUCAAAAGUUUACUUUCAAGUAA